CUGCCGGAGAAUUGGUUGAGACAAUUGGGACCGAUUUUAUUCAACUUCUCAAAUCCUGAUUUGAUCACCCAAAUGCGAAGCUUUAUAGCGUCGUUACAAGGUUGCGUCGGCUCGGAGACAAAUCUGCCCCGGCUACAGUCGUCAUCAGGCAUCAAUUAUUGGACUACUUGCUACAGAUUGUGUGAUCGUGUACGCUUGAUCACUGCUCAAAUCUGAACACCUUUCCUGAGAAGAUACAAAUGUUGUGGCCUGAAUUUUAGAUCCCAUCUUUCGGCGUGGGUCACGCAUAUGAUUUUCUUUUCUUUUUACUUCGAUCGGAAUUUGGGUGGUGAAUGUUAUGCUUCGCCAGGACUAAGAUGAUUCUUGGAGGUUUGGCCCGCACCAAGUUCCGCUCGUGGGUUGCUUCGACACUACCCUUGCGUCCAUGAAGCCUGAGUUAGGUAUGAGCAAACAGAGAGAGGGCAAGCGGAGUGGAGUUUGACAUCUGCCAGAGCGUAAGUUGUGUACUCAAUUGAGAAGUGAGCUACGGCAGUGCUUUAUGCCGUUUUCAGCUGAUUAAGUACUUCUCCAGCCGCUGCAUGUGAGCUAUCCUCAGAAGAACUUCCUCUUGGCGUUCAACUCAGUUUCAGUCUCUUCGAAUAGACCUGAUGUGGACUUCCAGUAGUGUCCCUAAAUUGAAAUCGUUAUUCGAUUUCCGUAGAAUUAUCAAAUAGUACAGAACCCCCUGUGUAACAAAGUUGUGUAGGUAGAAUCGAUUUCUCACUAUUACUCAACUCCAACUUGUGAAAAGCACUCGGGGAGUCAUCAGGUUUCCUUGGUGGACCUCAAAGCCUGGCUACACAUAAUUUGAUACCAUAGAAUUAGGGGAUAGUGCAGUCCACCUUUUUAAGCGUUGGAAUGUGAGAUUGGUUUCCCAAGACUUCCACGGCUAUGGCGAUGGUCGUGCAUUUCCACUCACCGUUCACACAGAGAUAUACGUCCACGACUUGCUAUCUGCGCAAUCAGUACCAAAUUUGCAACGGUCGCUCUUGUACAACUGUCAGUAGCAGACAUCAUUUGUGCGCGCGGAUACACGCAGGAAACGACCAUACAUUUCGCAUUAGGCUGCACUUCCGUCUAUUUCGUCAUUUUCAGCAGAGAGGGGAACACUGUGUGCGAUGCAGCUCAACAGCAGAUGCCCCGCGCGACAAUUGCGUGCCUAUUCCGACACUGUAUGAGCUUCUUGGAAUUCCCCAGCACGUAGGCUUGCCAGAGAUUAAGGUGGCCUACAGGCAAAUGGCUCGACGCUACCACCCGGAUGUGUGCCCUCCCACGGAGAGGGAGGAAUGCACGAAACGCUUUCUGCAGGUGCAGGAAGCUUACGACACGCUCUCGGAUCCUCAUCUACGUGCAGAUUACGAUCUUUGGUUGCAGAACCCUUUGAACACCAGGACUCUGUCUGCUGAAGUAAGAGCAGGAAAUCGUAGGAGAACAGGGAAAUCGGACAUACCAGGCUCUAGGUUUCAAUGGAGGGAUCAAUGGGAAUCGCAGAUACGAGGGCUGCGACAGAGAGCAGCCACAGGUGGUAAGCGGGAGUCUUGGGCUUCCCGGAUGCGAAGGGAACGUGAGGAGGCGGAGUAGACUGCAACGUAAUGAGAAUGUGUCCCUUGUUUCACCGCCUAGAUCUAGAUGGCCUGGUACCAGCUCCGUAACAAUUUUCUCUAAUUAUAUAGGUAUAGUCUAUUUAAGUGCCACUGCUAGCGUGUCUGCGUCGGCAGGCCUGUAAAUAUAUGUAAAUGUUCACGAAGUGAAGGUCCUGUUGUAUAACAAUGUAUUUCAAAAACAACCGAUUUGAGAUGGAACUAUUUCAUCAUCCCAUUUUACUGCA